AUGGAUAUGUAUGAGAACCUUGGCGUCGUAGGUGAGGGGAGCUAUGGUACAGUGAUGAAGUGUCGACACAAGGAGAUUGGACACAUUGUGGCCAUCAAGAGGUUCAAUGACAAGGAAGAGGACAAAACCAUGAAAAAGGUUAUCAUGAGAGAAAUCAAACUUCUGAGGAAAUUUUGCCAUGAAAACCUUGUGAACAUGCUGGAGGUAUUCCGGUUCAAGAAGCGCUUGUAUGUUGUCUUUGAGUACAUUGACCGCACAGUUCUGGAAGACCUGGAGAGAUAUCCUCGUGGUUUGGACAACAAGCGCCUCAGAAAGUACAUGUUCCAAAUUCUACGAGCCAUGGAUUAUCUUCACACCAGCAAUAUCAUUCACAGAGAUGUCAAACCUGAGAAUGUUCUUGUCUCUAACUCUGGGGUGGUGAAGCUCUGUGACUUUGGGUUUGCCAGAACCUUGGCACCGACUGGGGAGCCUCUCACAGACUAUGUGGCCACGAGGUGGUACAGAGCCCCAGAACUUUUAGUGGCAGACAACACUUACAGCAAACCUGUAGAUGUGUGGGCCAUUGGCUGCUUGAUUAUAGAGAUGGCUACAAGCAAUGCUUUUCUGACGGGGACCUCUGACCUGGACCAGGUGCACAAAAUAGUCAGCAAAGUGGGGCCGUUGACCCGUCAUCAGCAAGACCUGUACUUCCAGAACCCCAUCUUUGCUGUGGCCAGCCUUCCUGAGGUGCAGCUCCUCAGGGACCCCAGGAGGAAGUACCACAAACUCCACUUCUUAGUGGCUGAAAUAGUGGAUUCAUGCCUACAGAUUGAUCCAUCUCACAGGGCUGCGUGCUCCAUGUUGCUCGUUCAUCGGUACUUCACCAAAGACGGGUUCGUUGAAAGAUUCAUACCAGAGAUACAGGCAUUGAUACUGAAAGAUGCCAAGGUUAACAGCAUGCACUGGAUUCAUAGUAGCUCAUGGGAGCCACCAGAGGACCAAGGAACAGGAGUCUUGUCCUCAUCCUCAUGUAACAGAAAGCCAGUGAAGGACACUGAGAAGGACCGACGUGGGAAGGAGCCUGAGCAGAAGCAUUCUAGGGCAGGAAGGAGGUCAGAGAUCAGGAUGACCUGCAGCCCUGUCUCAUCUCAGACAAACAGACAGCCCUUUACCUCCACCUCUACCUCCAUCCCAGACCCCCCUCAAUCUCAGGACAAGGCUGUAGCCUUUACCAUGCCCCGCAUCAACGCCAGCAACAAUCUUUUUGCUGCUGUCCCCGUUCCAUGCUGUAUGGAAGUCACCAAGUCCCGCACUGAUAAGGUAAAGAGACGGCCGAGCCCUACUGACCUGGCCAUGGGGAAUAGUCAGCUGACUGAUGCCCCGUCUCAGAGUGACAGCCAUAAUAACCUCCAGGUUGAGAUGUCCAGUCUGGCUAAAAAGAAGGUGAAGUCAGUGAGAGACAUGAGAGAUGUGCGCUUCCCUGGACUUCCUGUGUUUGGCCACCAGAUGGAGCUGAAGUUUACAGAUGAUUAA